GCGGCCCCGCGCCCACCAGCGGGCGGCGCCACCUGGAGUGGCCUCUACGCGGGAAAUCUCAGGGCCAGCUGCGCCCCAGGAGCCUUUGUGUGCCCAAGGACUGUCGGGGCCCCGGGGCGGGGGAGCGGCUACUUUUAGAGAUUCUUGAUCUCGCCGCAAGAACUGGAAAAAAUUUAGCACGCCAAAGAGCUGCCACUGAGGUGGAAAUUUGUUUGCGAGAACCUAAGAUAAAAUUUAAACAACAAACCAGGGGCGCUGUGAGGCAAACCGCUGCCACUACACUGGCUUUCUGGGAAGCAAGCUCAAGUCGCGGAGAGGGAAGGGAGGCCGUGCGCUCCGGGCGGGACGCGCUCCCAAGUCGAGCGCAGCGGCCGGGGCAGGUUGUACAGAGCGCGGUUCUGGGGACACCAUGCGGCCUCGAUUGGAGGUGGCUGUGAUGAAGAGCGGUUACCGCACAAUGGAAACGUGGGCACCUCCGCUCCCAUGAUAGCCUGCUGGUAGAGCUCCGAGGGGAGUCCGGGUCAAAGCGGCUUGGUGUGCGGUGCGCCCCGCCCCCCGCAGGCCCCGCCCCGCCAGGUCGCGCUGCCCUCCUUCUACCCAGUCCUUAAAACUCGGAGGAGGGGGAUGGCGCGCUUUGACUCUGGAGUGGGAGUGGGAGCGGGAGCGAGCGCUUCUGCGACGCCACUUGUGAGAGCCGCAAGGGAAUGGGAAUUGACGCCACUCACCGACCCCCAGUCUCAAUCUCAACGCUGUGAGGAAACCUCGACUUUGCCAGGUCCCCAAGUGCAGCGGGGCUCGGCGAGCGAGGCACCUUUCUCCGUCCCCAUCCCAAUCCAAGCGCUCCUGGCACUGACGACGCCAAGAGACUCGAGUGGGAGUUAAAGCUUCCAGUGCGGGCAGCAGGUGUCCAGGGCGGGCCUGCGGGUUCCUGUUGACGUCUUUCCCUAGGCAAAGGUCCCAGUUUCUUCUCGGAGCCGGUUGUCCCGCGCCACUGGAAACCGCACCUCCCCGCAGCAUGGGCACCAGCCUCAGCCCGAACGACUCUUGGCCGCUAAACCCGCUGUCCAUCCAGCAGACCACGCUCCUGCUACUCCUGUCGGUGCUGGCCACUGUGCAUGUGGGCCAGCGGCUGCUGAGGCAACGGAGGCGGCAGCUCGGGUCCGCGCCCCCGGGCCCGUUUGCGUGGCCACUGAUCGGAAACGCGGCGGCGGUGGGCCCGGCGGCUCACCUCUCGUUCGCGCGCCUGGCGCGGCGCUACGGCGACGUCUUCCAGAUCCGCCUGGGCAGCUGCCCCAUAGUGGUGCUGAAUGGCGAGCGCGCCAUCCACCAGGCCCUGGUGCAGCAGGGCUCGGCCUUCGCCGACCGGCCGUCCUUCGCCUCCUUCCGUGUGGUGUCCGGCGGCCGCAGCAUGGCUUUCGGCCACUACUCGGAGCACUGGAAGGUGCAGCGGCGCGCAGCCCACAGCAUGAUGCGCAACUUCUCCACGCGCCAGCCGCGCAGCCGCCAAGUCUUCGAGGGCCACGUGCUGAGCGAGGCGCGCGAACUGGUGGCGCUGCUGGUGCGCGGCAGCGCGGACGGCGCCUUCCUCGACCCGAGGCCGCUGACCGUCGUGGCCGUGGCCAAUGUCAUGAGUGCCGUGUGUUUCGGCUGCCGCUACAGCCACGACGACCCCGAGUUCCGUGAGCUGCUCAGCCACAACGAGGAGUUCGGGCGCACGGUGGGCGCAGGCAGCCUAGUGGACGUGAUGCCCUGGCUGCAGUACUUCCCCAACCCGGUGCGCACCGUUUUCCGCGAAUUCGAGCAGCUCAACCGCAACUUCAGCAACUUCGUCCUGGACAAGUUCCUGAGGCACUGCGAAAGCCUUCGGCCCGGGGCCGCCCCCCGAGACAUGAUGGACGCCUUUAUCCUCUCUGCGGAAAAGAAGGCGGCCGGGGACUCGGACGAUGGUGGCGCGCGGCUGGAUUUGGAGAACGUACCGGCCACUAUCACUGACAUCUUCGGCGCCAGCCAGGACACCCUGUCCACCGCGCUGCAGUGGCUCCUCCUCCUCUUCACCAGGUAUCCUGAUGUGCAAGCUCGAGUGCAGGCAGAAUUGGAUCAGGUCGUGGGGAGGGACCGUCUGCCUUGUAUGGGUGACCAGCCCAAACUGCCCUAUGUCCUGGCCUUCCUUUAUGAAGCCAUGCGCUUCUCCAGCUUUGUGCCUGUCACUAUUCCUCAUGCCACCACUGCCAACACCUCUCUCUUGGGCUACUACAUUCCCAAGGACACUGUGAUUUUCGUCAACCAGUGGUCUGUGAAUCAUGACCCAGUGAAGUGGCCUAACCCGGAGAACUUUGAUCCAGCUCGAUUCUUGGACAAGGACGGCCUCAUCAACAAGGACCUGACCAGCAGAGUGAUGAUUUUUUCAGUGGGCAAAAGGCGGUGCAUCGGCGAAGAACUUUCUAAGAUGCAGCUUUUUCUCUUCAUCUCCAUCCUGGCUCACCAGUGCAAUUUCAGGGCCAGCCCAAAUGAGCCUGCGAAAAUGAAUUUCAGUUAUGGGCUGACCAUUAAACCCAAGUCAUUUAAAGUCAACGUCACUCUCAGAGAGUCCAUGGAGCUCCUUGAUAGUGCUGUCCAAAAGUUACAAGCCGAGGAAACUUGCCAAUAAGAGGCAAGAGGCAAGCUGAAAUUUUAGAAAUAUUCACAUCUUCGGAGAUGAGGAGUAAAAUUCAGUUUUUUUCUAGUUCCCCUUUUGUGCUGCUUCUCAAUUAGCCUUUAAGGUGAGCAUAAGUCAGCUGUCCAUCAGGUGAGGUGUGCUCCAUACCCAGUGGUUCUUCAUGAGUAGUGGGCUAUGCAGGAGCUUCUGGGAGACUUUUUUGAGUCAAAGACGUAAAGGGCCCAAUGAAUUAUUAUAUACAUACUGCAUCUUGGUUAUUUCUGAAGGUAGCAUUCUUUGGAGUUAAAAUGCACAUAUAGACACAUACAUCCAAACACUUACACAAAACUAUUGAAUGAAGAAGUAUUUUGGUAACCAGGCCAUUUUUGGUGGGAAUCCAAGAUUGGUCUCCCAUAUGCAGAAAUAGACAAAAAGUAUAUUAAACAAAGUUUCAGAGUAUAUUGUUGAAGAGACAGAGACAAGUAAUUUCAGUGUAAAGUGUGUGAUUGAAGGUGAUAAGGAAAAGAUAAAGACCAGAAAUUCCCUUCUCACCUUUUCAGGAAAAUAACUUAGACUCUAGUAUUUAUGGGUGGAUUUAUCCUUUUGCCUCCUGGUAUACUUCCUUACUUUUAAGGAUAAAUCAUAAAGUCAGUUGCUCAAAAAGAAAUCAAUAGUUGAAUUAGUGAGUAUAGUGGGGUUCCAUGAUUUAUCAUGAAUUUUAAAGUAUACAUUAUUAAAUUGUAAAACUCCAAGGUGACGUUGUACCUCUUUUGCUUGCCAAAGUACAUAAUUUCAAUUAUCAGCAAAGAAAAAAAAAAAGCCAGCCAAGCUUUAAAUUAUGUGACUGUAAUGUACUGAUUUCAGUAAGUCUCAUAGGUGAAAAAAAAAGUCACCAAAUAGUAUGCAAUAUAUUACUUAAUUGUCCGUAAGCAGUAUACUAGUAUUAUCUUGUUCAGGAAAAGGUUGAAUAAUAUAUGCCUUGUAUAAUAUUGAAAAUUGAAAAAGUACAACCAACUCAACCAAGUGUGCUAAAAAUGAGCUUGAUUAAAUCAACCACCUAUUUUUGACAUGGAAAUGAAGCAGGGUUUCUUUUCUUCACUCAAAUUUUGGCAAAUCUCAAAAUUAGAUCCUAAGAUGUGUUCUUACUUUUAUAACGUCUUUAUUGAAAUUCUAUUUAUAAUACACAAUCUUAUUUUGAAAAUAACCUAAUUAGUAUAUUAAAAUUCCAAAUUCAUGGCAUGCUUAAAUUUUAACUAAAUUUUAAAGCCAUUCUGAUUAUUGAGUUCCAGUUGAAGUUAGUGGAAAUCUGAACAUUCUCCUGUGGAAGGCAGAGAAAUCUAAGCUGUGUCUGCCCAAUGAAUAAUGGAAAAUGCCAUGAAUUACCUGGACGUUCUUUUUAUGAGGUGACAAGAGUUGGGGACAGAACUCCCAUUAUUACAACUGACCAAGUUUCUCUUCUAGAUGAUUUUUUGAAAGUUAACAUUAAUGUCUGCUUUUUGGAAAGUCAGAAUCAGAAGAUAGUCUUGGAAGCUGUUUGGAAAAGACAGUGGAGAUGAGGUCAGUUGUGUUUUUUAAGAUGGCAAUUACUUUGGUAGCUGAGAAAGCAUAAAGCUCAAAUGAAAUGUAUGCAUUCACAUUUAGAAAAGUGAACUGAAGUUUCAAGUUUUAAAUUUCAUUGCAAUUAAACUUCCAAAGGAAGUUCUACAGUGUCCUAAGUGCUAAGUGCUUAUUACAUUUUAUUAAGCUUUUUGGAAUCUUUGUACCAAAAUUUUAAAAAAGGGAGUUUAUGAUAGUUGUGUGUAUGUGUGUGUGGGGUGGGGGGAUGGUAAGAGAAAAGAGAAAGACUCAGAAGAAGGAAAGAUGGUUAAACAUUUUCCCACUCAUUCUGAAUUAAUUAAUUUGGAGCACAAAAUUCAAAGCAUGGACAUUUAGAAGAAAGAUGUUUGGCAUAGCGGAGUUAAAUCUCAAAUAGGCUAUUAAAAAAGUCUACAACAUAGCAGAUCUGUUUUGUGGUUUGGAAUAUUAAAAAACUUCAUGUAAUUUUAUUUUAAAAUUUCAUAGCUGUACUUCUUGAAUACAAAAAAUCAUGCCAGUAUUUUUAAAGGCAUUAAAGUCAACUACAGAAAGCAGGCUUGCCCAAUACAUUUAAAUUUUUUGGCACUUGCCAUUCCAAAAUAUUAUUCCCCAGCAAGGCUGAGAUAGUGAAUUUGGGCUGCUGUAGCCUAUUUUUUUAGAUUGAGAAAUGUGUAGCAGCAAAAAUAAUCAUGAACCAAUCUGGAUGUCUCAUUAUGUCAACCAGGUCCAGAUGUGCUAUAAUCUGUUUUUAUGUAUGUAGGCCCAGUCGUCAUCAGAUGCUUGCGGCAAAAGGAAAGCUGUGUUUAUAUAGAAGAAAGUAAGGUGCUUGGAGGUUACCUGGCUUAUUUAAUAUGUUUAUAACCUAGUUAAAGAAAGGAAAAGAAAACAAAAAACGAAUAAAAAUAACUGAAUUUGGAGGCUGGAGUAAUCAGAUUACUGCCUUAAUCAGAAAGCCUCAUUGUAUUUCUACCGGAGAGAGAAUGUAUUUGCUGACAACCAUUAAAGUCAGAAGUUUUACUCCAGGUUAUUGCAAUAAAGUAUAAUGUUUAUUAAA